GUUGGUUUAAAUAUAAAUCCUUCCACUAUUGCAUUGUAUAUUUGAUAUAAGCCAACUUAAAAUAUACUGUCUCAAGAUGAAUUUAAUGCACCUUAAUCAGAAAUCCAACUAAGCAGAUUUUUUCAUAGAUAUUAAAAAAAAAAGCAUGAUUUGUAAGUUUCCAAUUCAAACUUUACAAUCAGUAGGUUGAAAGUAAAAUAAAUCCUAAAAUAAUAGUGCUUGAUACUUAGGGAUAUAUUAACAAAUUAUAAAGAAAGAUGGCCAAUAGUAAUAAUCUAAUGAUGGAUAAAAUAUUCAAAUUCUAAAUCACCAAAUUUAAAUCCAUUUGCUUAAAGACAAUAAUUUUAGCCAUAUUCAAGCAGUUUUAUUAGCAAAAUUAGAAAAAUUGAUUCGAACUUGUUAAAGUAC